AGUAUUUACCCUCAAACCCCCAAGCCUUUGCUCUGCUGGCGCCCAGGCGCCGCAGAAUCGGCUGAGGCCGCAAAGGCUAGAGGCCAUGGCUGCGCAACUGAAGGAGAUCGUGGAUCGCCUCAAUGCGGAGCCUUUCAACUUGGACUUAUCACUGGUGGGUUUCGAUGAGAAGGACCCAUUCGAGCUCAUGGAGAUUCUCAAGAAGGUCCUCACAUUCCUGGACCCAAAGCAUGAUGUGGACGUGAGAGAGGAGAAGCCGGACGCGACGUACCAGCGCAUUUCGGAGUUCUUGCACAUCCUUGGGUACCAGUGUUCUUUCGACAUCGAGUUUCAGCAAGGUCUGAUGUCAGGUGACAAGAACACGAUCCACCCAAUCUUGUACUGGCUGCUGAACAAUCUUGAAGCGCUUCGAAAAAGGGCCUACUUGGCCAAAUUCUGCAUGAACCUGGAGGUUCCAGAGGAGUUUCUGCGAGAAGAGCAGGUGGCCGAGGUUUACCGGAGUUACAAGGAGCUGCAGUCUCAGUUUAAAGCGACGCAUUCGCACGUCGAGCAGGAGCGGCAAGGUCGGAUGAACCCUUCCGACUUGCAGAGAGAGGUACAGCAGCUAGAUGCCGAACGAGAGCAGCUGGCGCAAAAGAUUCAGCUUCUCAAGGCGAAGACCGAGAGAGAUGAAGGCUUUGCACAGCUCUUGCAGGUCACUUCAAUGCUUCGGAAAGAACAAGAAGAGGAAGCGCGCUUGGCAGAGAAACUGCAAGAGCAGAAGUAUCAGCCUGGUGCUGAGAAUGGCAAGAGUCCUCUCAGGAAAUGGACCAGCCAGUACUAA